AUGGUGGCGCAAGUAGAAGCCCAUCUGAACUCGGCCCUGGAAGCACUGCAAUGCAUCCGACUCGAUCCCACCUAUCCGGCCCACUCCAAGCUCUCCUUCUCCGCCCAGAACGACCCCGUCAGAUCUGCCUUCAACCCGAAAUUCCACCAGACUGUCCCCUCUAACUCACCACCUCGCCCGGUCCAUUUCCCGGACUCGUUCGAUCAUCUUGCCGCCACUACUAGGCGGAUCUUGGAAGAACUACAUUUGGUAUCUCAAGUUGCUCUUGGAAACUCUUUCUCUGAUUGGCUGUCGUUCUUUCACGCAUUCUCAAGACGCGAUCCGACAGUUUUCCCAUUUAAUGGAAACGUGAUCGGCUUGGAUCCAAAUCAAACCUUAAUCUGGCUCGCUAAAUCUUGCAUGACUGAUUUGUCGGCUGGUCGGCUUUGUUUUCCAUCGAAUCAAUCGGAUACUAACAGAUACAUGUUGAACCGACUUGCUGGUUUCCUUGUCAAUUAUCUUUGCGCUUUUGCCGCAAAUCGGGCUCGAGGUAGACGGAUACUAUCAAACUCGUUAACUGAAUGGAAGGCAUUGUAUAACACAACCUGGGUCAAUGAACUCGACCUCUCGCCCACAGCAUUACAAGGCCUACAGACACUCAUAUACUAUUUUUCAGUCGAAAGUUGCUUACACGUGAGCCUGAUGGGGUUUGAUUUGGACUUAUAUGAACUGGAUGACGAUCGGCUUGCCAUGUGGUGGGUGGUUGAGCGGCUCAGCGAACGAGCUUCACUACUGCUCAAGAUCCUAGCAGAUGGCGCUGAGUCCCUGGACGCCAGGCUGAAUCGGAUCCUUGGUAAGCUUGCGGGAGUUGCAGGCCAGCUCACUCGCCGGAAAAACAAGCAUGCUGGCACGCCUCCUUCCGAGCUCAGACUCAGACGGCCCGUCUUCGAGCGCCGGAUCAAGCUUCUCAACGCUCGUCAGGCCAGCUUCGACGACACCACCCUCAUUUCUGAACUGGGGUUUCCUUCCCCCCUGUUGGACUACGAAGCCUUGCUUGCCUCCGAACUCGUCGUCCUGACAUCUGUUGACUUGGAUACAAUCCUUACCGAUGUUGCGGACCAGCUGCUCGAGAUUCAUAUCCUUGCGCGUCGUCAGAAAAAGAUUGGCCUGUUGCAAUUCCAAUGUUACAUCAACAGUCUAAUCCAAGCCACCGAGAAAAUGAUCGCAAUCAAUCGAAAAUCAGAAAUAGAGCCUGCAAAAGAGGAAACACUUUCGUUGGAAACCCUCAACAUCUGUUCAUCUUCCAGUAUUCCCGCAAACCAGGAAUCCCGAACAAAGCAGGAUUAUAACCGACAAGUGGAUGGUGGGCUAAUCGGACUGGGAUAUUGUGAUUUGGCUUCUAAAUGGUUUGUUGUCUAG